AUGAUAAAAUCAGAUCAAGAUUAUCCUACAAAUGCAAAAUCUGAUUGCAAAGCAGUGAUGUUGCUAUUCAGUUCGAACACUCUUUACAUAGUUAUGACAUUUUUUGUCUUAACACUGAUUCUGAUUACAAAUGACCUAAAUAUAAGUGUAAUGAGAAAGAAAAUGUUGAAAAAGAAUGAACAUAGAAAGUAUUCAGUGAUGGUGGAUGAAAAUAAUAAUGACAAGGUCGAUGAGAAAUUAAAGGAAGCGCCUGGACCAAAGCCUAAAAUGAUUGUUGGCAAUCUUGAUGCUCUCGAUGGCUAUGAGAUACCUUACCAGGCUUUCAGCGUUCUGGCAGAAAAAUAUGGCAAAAUUAUAAAAUUACAAUUGGGCAGCGUGCCUAGCAUGGUGAUUAAUGGAAUGGAAAAUAUUAAAGAAGUGCUAGUGAGCAAAGGGCAGCACUUUGAUUCAAGACCCAAUUUCAAACGUUACCAUAUGCUGUUCACUUUGGCUUUUUGCGAUUGGUCCGAAGUUCAGAGAACACGUCGUGACAUGCUGAUUCCUCAUACGUUCCCUCGGAAAUUUUCAAUGAAUUUCAACCGCUUUAGUGACAUCACAAUGGAACAUUUACAACAAUUGACUGUUGAAAUCAAAAGCAGUAUGAAAGAGUUAAAAUCGGUGUCAGUAAAGCCUCUAGUGGUGUCAACUUGUGCAAAUAUUUUCACAGAAUAUUUUACCUCACGGAAUUUUGAUCGAGACAACGAGAAAUUUCAAAAGCUCAUCACCAAUUUCGAUAAAAUUUUCUGGGAAGUAAACCAGGGAUAUGCUUCCGAUUUUCUUCCAUUCCUGUUGCCACUCCGUCGUAAUCAGAUGAAACAAAUGGAACAAUGGUCGCAUGAAAUUCGUAACUUUAUUAACGAAAACAUUAUAACAGAUCGCUUCGAGUCAUGGAAUGUUGGUGAUGAGCCAAAUGAUUAUAUCGAUUCAUUGAUCGACCACGUUAAACAAAAGCUUCAACCCAGAUUCGAGUGGGAAACCGUAAGAGAAGAAAUUAAAUUAAGAAAUAGUAACAGCUUAACUAAAUUUAUUAUUUUCAUUAAGGCUCUAUUUGCAUUGGAAGAUAUCAUUGGUGGACACUCGGCAGUCGCAAAUUUUGUUGUAAAAGUUCUCGCUUUCAUUGCAAAGCAUAAGGAAGUACAGAAAAAUAUCCAAGAGGAAGUCGACAAAUUGUUGAAUGAAAGAAGCGAACAUUCGGUCUUGAUUGCGGACCGUAAUAAAUUAAUUUAUACUGAAGCCGUGAUAAUGGAAUCAUUACGUAUUGUCACAUCCCCAAUUGUACCUCACGUGGCAAACCAGGACAGCUCGAUUGACGGUUAUUCAGUGAAAGCUGGUACACUAAUCUUCCUCAACAAUUACGAUUUAAAUAUGUCGCCAUCACUUUGGAAUGAACCGGAAAAGUUUGAACCGAAGAGAUUCAUCGUAGAUGGAAGACUUGUGAAGCCCGAUCAUUUUAUUCCAUUCGGUGUCGGUCGUCGUUCAUGUAUGGGCUAUAAAAUGGUUCAAUUUCUAUCCUUCUCCAUUGUUGCAAAUCUAUUGAAGGAGUUUGACAUUAGUCCAUUGUGUAAUGAAGAUGAAAUUAAAGUGCCUGUUGGUUCACUUGCGAUGUCUGAAAAUCCAUAUCAAUUCGCAUUCAACCUUCGAACCUAG